GGCGGAUACUGUUGGACGAUUGUUGAUGUCACAUUAGCUAUUCACGCAUACGUCUCCUCUCGACGGUUUCACUGUGGUUUUCGUUUCUGAGGUCUCUGUGAAAGUCGGGACGUCCCAUAGAAGAUCAGAGUGUACUAGUGGUCAGUUCGGCCUGGUCUGUAGAAGGUCAUCAUGGCUGCAGUACAACCUAGACAACACAUAUGAUGCCAAGAUGUUGAUCUGGUAGGAUGUUUGAACCGAGCAAUCACAGCUCUCAAAGGGGCCGGCUUCCCCCCAUCCAUGCCAUCGGCAAGGUCCAGUCCAUUGACGAAGAUGAUCCACCAUACGUACCAGUACAGGUGUAUGGCUACGACGCAGAUGGUGAUCUGUCGCUCUCUUCUGGAGUUGAACCAACCUUUGAGGUCAGUGAUGCAGAAGAUGCUGUGAAGCUUCUACGGAAGACAUUUCAGCUCAUAAAUCCUGGACGCCAUGCUUGCAAGAGAAGUCCUGAACACGGAGGAACUUAUUUUGUUCACUGCCGAACAUCGUCCCGUCUUGGUAAGGAUUAUUCUCAACUGAGGAAGGUUUUGGAAAAUAGGGCAAAGUUGGAAUUUGUGCGUGACUGUGUGACCAGGAUCCGUGCAACAACUGCUUACGUAGAAGAUCUGGAGGGUUUGGUGCUUCAUGAGUAUAGAACAGCUUACGCUAUUCGUCAUGGGUGUGCUUAUGAUGCUCCGAUCAGUAAACUGUACUGUCUGAAUGCUCUAUGUGAAGACCUGCGUGUACAUGUCAACCAUUGGAAUGUACUUAAGCAACAUCUUAACACAAAUAAAUGGCUACAGCCAAUCCUGGGCCGUUUAUGUCUUGAAGUGGAAUAUGUGAAGAGAGCUCUUAUCCAGCUAUGCGAUAAAGCAAUAUGGCUGCUGCAGCGCCUCAUCAACGUGGGAUUUGAGGUGUUUGCUCACUGUGAUGUUGACAAGUUGACUCCAGAGGUGAUGUGGAAUAUUACUCGAGGUCUUGAGGAUUUCAACAAUAUUGUUAAUUCAUUUAGGACAGCAGGCACGGUGAGUGGAUCUCAGUGGAACCAUCUUUCCCUGGUCAAUCUUCCAGAAUUCCAAUCUAUUUCUUGUCUUCACUUACACCCAGCUGCCACCAACUUCCCUGGCAAACUGGGUGACUCGGUCAAAGCGAUUCCUUUUCCAAGAGUCCUCAGGAUCCUUGCCAAUGAGAGGUCCAGGUAUGCUGCCAAACUGACUCAUUACUUUUUCACAGUCAACGAAGAUUUCCAAAAGUUUUUGAAUUGUGGUCGACUACCCCUGUACAACUGGUUCGAGGAUCAUGGAAAGGACUCUGCGUCUGGCUCAUCAUCCAAUCAGCAGGAGACAUCUGACUAUCACACAGCCACAGGAAGCAAUGUCAGUUUGUCCACGUCACUGUUGCGUGUUGGGUCACUUCGGGCUCCAGACCUGUCUGUUUACAUGUCGCCUCUUGUUGAAUUCUCGCAUAAGGAACAGGAAUUUGCAGAAAAUUUUCUGCUGAUUGUAUGUAAUUCCACAACGCUACUCAGGAAAAACGAUACGGGUAAAUCCAAGAAACAAAAGGAAUUGAGAAUAAAUCAGAGUCCUAUGAUUGGGCGGUCUGUUCGGAGAAUGUCUGACACACCGGUGCUAUCUCGUGCGGACUCUCGGCGGAAGACAGUGUCGUGGGGAGACAAUGCUGACCAGUCCAUAAGGAAUCAGGUAGUAGCAAAGUACAUGGAGAUCUUGUGGCAACACUUCGGGGAGAAUCUCGAGCUGUUUCUGCUGGAGCCCACCUGGGAUAUGAGCCAGAAUCUUCUCCACUCUGAGUUUGGCAGUAUCCUGCUGUACAACGACACCCUGAUCACUCUCCUCAGACACACCAUCGAACAUGUCUGUAUGAAAGAUCUUUUCCCCCCUGCGUCGGUCCAGCCUCUUCUUGGGACAGCACUGCGACUACACAUCAUCUCAGCGUAUGCAGCAUGGGAUCAAUACCUGACGAGUGCCAUCAGCUCCCAGGGGACGGACAAGUGCUACCCCUGCCCCCUGAUGGACGGGGAGUACAGCACCAGGACCGGGAUGCUCCUGCGAGACACCUUCAAGCCCAUGUACAGCCUCAUCCAGGAGGUGUGGCGGGACCUCGGCAUCACCAGAACAGAUUCGUCAAGUUUGCUUGUGAGACAAGACGUGGACUUGUCGCUUGUGGCGGGCAUCUGUCUGCGUGUCCUGAUGACGUGUCGGGCUGCACACAGCUGGUGCAUGGUCAAGACACAUCAGUUCCUGGCUUCCUGGUCGGUCAGCGUGUUCCUCCUUAUCACACACACUGACCUCAAGAUGCUAGUGGAUGAGACCAAGCAGGUUCUGUACUACCUGGAGAACCUGACCCAGUCCGGGAUCACCCAGAACUCCACUCUCGAUCUUCUGUCAGGAGGACAGAUCUCACAGACCUGUAAUCAACUAACGGAGAUCAAUGCCCAGCUGCAGAGUCUCUGUGGAGCAUCAAUGAAGCUGUUUUCUGAGAAGUGUGGAAAGAUUGCAUCAGACUACUUCCGAGAUACAAUGCCAUUGGGUAAACAGUGGAGAAGAAAGACUGCCCUAGAAGCACCUGUGUCAGCGAAUCUGUACGUGGAGCAGGUGUUGGAGGCCAUCUUGGAACCAGUCAUUGAUGGAGUCAGUAAACUCAACCUGCCUUCUCAGCUCAGUGUCAUCUCCAUGGCAACUGUGGCCAUUUGUGAAGCAUGGACAAACCUCAUCCUGAAGGAAAAGAUCAAAUUCAGUGUUCCUGGUGCCCAACAACUUGGUAUUGACUUCACUUUCCUCAAGUCUUGGAUUGGUAGCGCCAUAGCUAACCCAGAGGUCAAACAGAGUGUCCUUGACCUGUCCAUCUUCAAGUUUCUGAAUGGUAUUGUCCUUAUUUUAAAGAAGCAGCCAAAGAAACGUACGGCAAGCCGCCUACGAGACUGUUCAGCAGAGGACCUCAGUGAGUGCUUAAGUUGCGAGUACAGCUCUGAUGUCAUCAGCCCUCAGAGCAGCACCAGCAAGGCCGAGGGAGGCACCUGUGACUGUGGUGAUGAGUCAGACAUCUGCAGUGUGCCCAACAUGGACGACUGGCUAGCUCUUAGAGUUCACGGGGGCACACGGUCAUGGAGGCUGCCAUCUUGUUUUAGUGGUCAGGGCGGAGAGAGCUGAGGUGAACAGGACUGAGCUUGUCCUGCCUUAAUGUCGGAGGCGGCCCUUGUAACAAGAGAAUCAAAGGGAAGUAACUCUUGUGAUUAGUUGGCUGAACUGUGUUUGGUUCUGUGCCUUGUGUUCACGGCACCUUGGGAUGCGAUGAAGGUUGAAAGCCUUGUGAAAAAUGCACUACAACAUAUGAGCUGAGCCUGGGAACAGUUGUCGCUAGAUAUCCUGUGAUUAUUUCACAGCAAAGCUAGACUAGAAGUGGAAGUCAUGUUAAUCAUGUUUAAUCACCGGACACUGACCAAUGAUAUCAGGAAUCAACAGAUGCCAGAAGCAUUUAAGUAAAGCACUCAGGAGAAGUCCGAGUUUGAGAAACACAAAAAAGAGAAUUGCACUGAAAAACAAUCAGAUAGUGCUCCAAAGGAAAUGGCAAUUUGCGAAACUGUGAUAUGAUUUCUUCAUCUCACAACAUGGGAAAGAAUAUAAAAGUACAAUCUGACAUUAAGUUUAUUUUAGCCAAGUUCCAUAAGUGAUGAAGUGACCAGUUCAUGACAAGAAAGAUGGCAAGCGUUGUGUGAAGGAAUGUCUAGUCAAAACUGUGAUCAUCAUUUCCACAGUAACAAAUGCCAGGACAUAUCCUUACAACAGGUGCUUGUUUGUGAAGAAAUGCAGGACAAGAGUUAUGGCCCCUGGAUGUGGCACUGCCUGUGAUAAGCUACAACUUGGACUCUGUGAUACAAUAUAAUGUUUAUUUUCAAACAGAAUCAGACCGGGAGAGGGUGUGGGGUUGAACAUUUUCACUAGAUUUAUGACAGUGUUUAUAACAAGGUAUCAAUAUGUGUGUUAUUUUGCAUUAAAUCCUAUUUACAGUUACGACAAUCAAACAUUUAACCUCGCUCAUUUCUCUGAUUUUUCUGAAAAGUUAAGACAAAGUAGGUAGCUGCGAUAUACAAGAUGGGACAGGAAUUCUUUCCUUUUGAGGGUUGAUCCAUAUAUUAUUAAAUUAAAAAUUUUGAUGUGAGAAACUUAUGCUGCCUGUGGGAUAUGUGCUGAUUUAGUUCAAUGUCUUAUAAAUGCUUAAGUUGUGAUUGUAUGUCUGCCUCUGAUAAAGCAUGUGUGUGAAAUAUAUUUUAUGAGAAUGUGACUGGUUGAAGAUAACAGAAAGUUUAAGCAUUUUAUGAUGAAUUCUUCCUGUUGUGAAACAUGUCUCCUUUACAGCACAAUACCACUCUCCACUGGCAACAAUAAACAUCAUAAAUAUUAUUUUAAUCACUGUAUCUACUUAUGCUAAUACACCAUUAUCACUGUCAGAAGGUUUAUGUUUUAGAAUUUCUGUAAUUUUUGUAAUUUAUUUAUUCUAUUUAUCAUUUAUGAAUUUUGUAUAUAUUUGAUACAUUAGAUUUCUGAGCUAUUUUAACACAGACAUGUAUUUUGCUCUUUGACUUUUCUUAUUCAUUAGGUAUGAAUAUGAAAUAAUGUGCAGUCUGGAAGAGAAGGCGAAGAUCUUGAUUGAAUUUGUGAAUAUGUUCUCUUUUCAGUCACUUUGAGAUAUACAUCAUACUUAAUUGAAUGUUGAGUGAUUAAUAUAUUUUUAUCAUUUAGUAAUUAAGUAGUGGUUGUUUUUGUUGAAAGGAGCUCAAGAUCUGUAUCCUUCAGGAUGGUGAGGUAGCCUAGUGGUUAAAGUGUUUACUCACUAUGCUGGAAAACCCAGGUUUGAUGCUUACAUGAGUUUUAUGUGUGAAGUCUCUAUUGGUGUUCUCUGCUGUGAUAUUGCUGGAAUAUUGCGGAAAGCAGUGUAAACCAUAUUCAUGCACUGCGUAAUUUCAACAUUGUUGUCUUUUAUGACGGCUUGAAGCAUAUCAUGUCAGUUAUAUUUUACGAGGCCAAUUACUCUACACUUUUAGCUAUGCACUGUUUGUGUUCAUGUUGACAUCAUGACUUGUAUCUCUGUGUUGACUUUGUUGUUCAGUGUUGUUACUUAGAAAUCAUGUUCUCUCAAUCACUGGACCUGCACAAACUGAUCCUUAACAAGAACCCCUGUGAGAGAUAGGUCAUCCUGCAAACAUCCUUCUCUGUUCCAUACAUCAAGUCUUGUCUUUAUCUAGAUUGACGUUAAACGACAAGGGGAGGUAACUCUAAUUGCAUUUCAGUGGUAAGACUGAAGAUCUGUCCAUACAUCAAGUCUUUACCUGUUUUGCCACACAUGGCAAGGGGAGGUAACUCUAAUUACAUUUCAGUGGUAAGACUGAAGAUCUGUCCAUACAUCAAGUCUUUACCUGUUUUGCAACACAUGGCAAGGGAAGGUAACUCUAAUCACAUUUCAGUGGUAAGACUGAAGAUCUGUUCCAUACAUAAUGUCGGUCUUUUCCUAGAUUUCCAUUACAUGGCAAUGGGGAGGUAACUCUAAUCACAUUUCAUUGGUAAGACUGAAGAUCUGUUCCAUACAUCAAGUCUUGUCUUUAUCAAGAUUGCCAUACAUCAUCAUAUUACAUGGCAAGGGCAGGUGACUCUAAUCACAUUUCAGUGGUAAGACUGAAGAUCUUUCCAUGACAAGGCUCUUUAUUGGACUAAGGGCACAAAUAGAGUGAAAAGGAUAUGAGGAAGCAGCAGAGAAUCAUGUGUCUUUAAUUUGGUUCUGUGAGUUUAAUUUACAAAGUAAACACGGUUUCUGUUGGAUUAGGUUGUUGUGUUUUAAACCUGCCCUCAUGACCUUAUAUUGUAUUCUGAGUGACAGCAUAAUAUGUGUACCAUGUAUAAAUGUGUGAACCUUGUACCUACCUCAGAAGAACAAACAACAGUAUAUGAUACUCAUUAAAGUAGGAAACAAUGAUUCAUCAUCUCCAACACCCCAUUCUGCAGAACGAUCUUAGCUACAACUGUCAUAAGCCAAUGUUGAAGAAUGUGACAAAGAUAGUCUAAGAGCUAUGAUUGUGAUGUAAAAUGGGACACUAGAUGUUGUGCAAGAGCAAUCUUAGCCCCAUGACUAGUAGAAGGUACCGACCAUGUCAUAUUCUAGGGAGAGCCUGGAUUGUUGUUUAAAAGAAAAACCUCAUGAAUAUACCAACAAAAAAUAUUUUCCCUCAUUUUUUAGCCCCCAAAAUAAAUCAUUCAAUAGGCAUGGUUUGAAAAUAAUGUGUUGCUGGUUACCCCAAAUUGUGUCUUUCCUUCAGAGAAUGUUUGUUAACGUUUGGAACUCUGAAUGUACUGUUGCUUUGUCUCCAGCAAACAUCUUGGACUCACCUGUAUAUUAUAUAAUUGGAGCCAUGUGGAUAUUUAGGACUGGUAAUUGCUUACAGGGAUGGGGAUUGUUUGAAGUUUUUGAUGCACUCAUGUACUUUAAAAAAUUAUAUUUAUGCAUGCCUUCCCCAUGAUAUCUGACAUAUUUUGUCCUAUCCUCAUGUUAGUUAUUCUACCCAAGAGACUGUCAUACUUUUAACACCCCCAUCACCACAUAAUAAAUUACCAGUCAGCUGCACAAAUGUUAGAGUCUAUUUAAAUCAAAUUUUCAUGCCAAGAUUGCUUUGUUUAGAUUCAGGGUGUUGUUCCACAAAGUUAUCAACUGUAGUAGGUCCGUGUUAAUCCUAUUUCUGGUGUCCCCUGUUGUAAUAUUACCGGAAUAUUGCUAAAGCAGCCAUACUCACUCACUCUCUAUACUAAGAUAGGGAGUUCACAAGUAUCAUAGCGCUAAGGUCACUUUGUGGAAUUUUGCCCUGAACUUAUACAGUGAUUCUCAUCUCAUCAGAAUCAUAGUCCACUGUCUUAAUGCUAGGAUUACCACAAGUAGAUAUCACUUACUGAAUGCAUGUUUCCACACUCUUAUAAGAAUGUGUUGUUGGAAUGUCAGAAAUUGGAGCAAAUUGUUUUGGAAUGUAGACAAGUUUAGAAGUGGUGUGUGAGAGAUGAAUGUAGCUGGAUUCCUUCACAUCUUGAUAACAAUAUUUUUCAUACGUGUAAGUUGUGAAAACUUUACACUGUCUUCUAAAUUCCAGCUAGUCCACUAUCCCAAGAUGACAAAAUUUCGCUGAGGACGUGUAGGUAAGUGUCCAAUGAUUGUAGCCUUCCUUGACUUGUAGCAAUCAAGGUCUUUAAUUCAGAACUUAAUUCAGGCUUCAGUUGUGCUACGAAUUGAAACUGAAUAAAAACGAAAGAAAAUAUAACUGUAGAAAACAUUUAUGUCUUGUUUAAAGAGGGCAAACUCAGUGGACAAGAUAACUAAACGAAUUUCAUCAUCUGUUUACAGGGACAGGAAGACAAAAAAUCUGAUAUUUUGGUACAGAUUGAAUAAUGUUGAAAAGCACUAAACAUAUAUUUUUCAUCGAAGUUUCAGUCUGGUAUGUCAGCUGAUGGGAAAUAUUUUAAGGGGGGAAAUGAUGUGAAAUGAACCAGCUUCAUGUUUUCACUGUAGCAACUGUCAUUGUCAAAAUCUUUUUAAACCAGUGUUCAGGUUGUGUGGGGAUUAUCUCCCCUUACUAAAAUGGCCACAGUUUGCACGAGAUAAAGAGUGAAGUUGUGUUUUACUGAUGAAUUUUUUGUGGUCUGUCAGUUAUGAUUAGAUCCCAAAGACACAACUCCUGAAUUGUGUGUCUUUAAACAGGAAUUGUCUAGAAAGUGUUACUACUAGUCUCUGAAAGAAACUCGGAUCACCAUUAAAGUGUGCACUGCAUGAUGACAUUUUGUGGAAAUAUUAUUUUCAAUUGUUAAGUGUAAAUUAAAUGUGUUGAAUUUUCCAUCCUGAAUAUAUUUACUGAACAAGAUGUACUUAUCAACUUUUCUGUAUUUGUUUGUUAUGUGAAAUGUCAUUUUGUAGUGGUUUUGCAUAAUAUUGAUAACAUUAGCUUUUUCAAGAAUGUGGUUUUUUUUAUUCUUUGUCUUUGUCACAGAAUUUGUAUUUUUGUCUUGAGUAAUAUUUUUAAGUGGUACAUUUUAUGAUGUACAUUGAAGCUAGCAUUGUCUUGGUUCUCUGGCAUAGAGGAACAUUCUUGAAAAGAAAUUUUCAUGUGUGUGAUUCAGAAUCAAAUGAUUAGAUUUGUCAACUAUAUAUCCAGUUUUCUAAUUGUAAAAACAAUGCAUCAAUCUUGAAAAGCAUUUGCCGGAGAACCAAUGAGAAUUAUGUUUGAGUUUUGACAAAUAUUGUAUGAAGCUGCUUGAAAGGCAUGGCAUAAUUAUUUCAUUUAUGAAAUGGAGCUGAAAUCAAAUUGGGUUUUUUUAUGGAAGAGUUACAGCUGAUGUAUUUGGACAUCCUCACUCAUCUGUAUGUAUUCAGUGCUAUUAAAUCUCCAUUCUUUCAUCAUAAAUACCCUUCACCUGUUUUCGUCAAUGCAGGGAUGGCAAUUUUCCGCUGAUCCACGGAUUUCUGCCAAUUAUAUUUCAAAUUGAUCAAUUUUAACUCCCCAUUUGUUAACACAAUAUUAAGUUUUCAGCUGAAAAUAGAUUUUCCUGUUGCCAUCCCUGUCAAUGACUUUGUUUCAGAAGUUACAUCAUUAUCUAUAUAAGUUUUCCAUUUAGGCUAAGACCCGUGAAGAUCCAGAUUAGAAUUGAUCGUCACUAACCCAUGCUUGUCGUAAGAGACGACUAACAGGAA